AUGAUCCGAACUCUACUUUUUUAUCAGUAGUGUUCUGUGAGAAGCAAUGGAAACAACAUGAAGUAAACUGCAAAAAUUGGCCACCCGAGUGGAAAUUUAGUGUACUAGAACUUUGCGGAAACGUCAAUUUGCUUCUAAUUUUCUUCUAAAAAAUAUGAUUUUGAAAUAUUUUUUGUUUUCAUUCGUAGUGCAAGGGAUUUUCACAGCUACCCCAUGCCGUACCCCCAACAACCAAUCCGGCGACUGCAAGCUCAUCGACCAGUGCCCAGCGCUCAUGUCCCUUCUCCUGAAGCGACCCAUCUCCGAAACGAAUCUGGACUUCCUCAAAAAGUCGAACUGUGGCUACGAAGACAUUUUACCCAAAGUGUGUUGUUUAAUAGAAUCUUCCACUAAAUCAACUGUCAAGCCGCCGGUUACAGAAGGGCCCACGGACUCCACAACAGUGGCAGCCAUUUCCUCCAGAUUGCUCCCUGACCUAGAUUCCUGCGGGCUCAACACCCAGAGCAGGAUCUAUGGAGGAGAAAAAACGGAGUUGGACGAGUUUCCGUGGUUGGCGUUGCUGCAGUAUCGGCAAGGUACCGGGAAAAAAGCGUUCUUGUGUGGUGGAACUUUGAUUAACAACAGGUACAUUCUGACGGCGGCACAUUGCGUGCAUCCGAAGAGGAUGUCGGCUGCAAGUUUAACACUGGUAGGUGUUCGUCUAGGGGAACACAACAUUGACACUAAUCCAGACUGCAUUAGAAGCAAAUUUGGUGGUGAAGAUUGUGCCCUGGAGCCUGUAGAUUUUGAAAUAGAAGAACAAAUCGUACAUGAAGAUUAUAGUGUGGACAUUAACAACCGUAACGAUAUUUCUCUUUUGAGACUUAAGCAAAAUGUGACUUUUACAGAUUUCGUCAAACCCGUUUGUCUUCCAUUCCUAGGUGAAGAACUGAAGAAGACCAACGUCGGAACAAAAUUUUUUGUGGCCGGUUGGGGAGACACCGAAGAUAAUACGACAAGGGCGAGUCCUGUUAAAUUAAAAGUCCAACUGCCUGUUAAGCCUCUACCGGAAUGUAACACGACGUACUCCAGUUUAACAAAAGGCAAUGUGACUUUGACUACAAAUCAGAUGUGUGCUGGGGGUGAAAAGGGAAAAGAUUCUUGUAAAGGAGACAGCGGGGGACCUUUGAUGACUGUGGGUCUGGAUAAAUACAGGGAACCUCAUUGGAUUGUUGCUGGUAUUGUGUCCUUUGGACCGAAAGCGUGUGGAACAGGGAAUUUGCCCGGGGUUUAUACGAAAGUGUCAAACUAUAUGACUUGGAUAGUUAAACAACUUAGACAACGACGAAUAAAAAAUUAUCUUAUAUCUGUGUCAUAUUCUUUACAUUUGCAUUUAUUUACAAUGAUUACACGAUGGUGGUUCGUGCUCCUUGCAGCUGCUCGUUUCACAAACGCUGUCAACUCCUGCAAAACCCCUAACGGAAUUGGCGAAUGUAAACCCAUUCCUGAUUGUCCACCUCUUCACUCGAUAUUCAAUCAAAAACCGCUUACACCAGCAAAAGCUGAUUUUUUAAGAAACCAUUCGUGCGGCUUCCAAGGUUCUAUACCCAAAGUGUGCUGCGUUACUGCUGCUGAACUCGUCGAACCAAACUCUCUGCUUCCGGAUCCUUCCUCUUGUGGUCAUUUAAUCGAUGCCAAAAUUAUCGGUGGCAAGCAAACCGCCAUUGACGAAUUCCCAUGGAUGGCGUUGCUGGAAUACCAACACGCUAACGGUUCUAGAUACUUCCACUGUGGCGGUGCUCUCAUCAGCAAAAGAUACGUUUUAACAGCAGCACACUGCGUGAAGAAGAAAUUAAUCAGCGUCCGCCUCGGAGAGCACGACACGGCUUCAGACAAAGAUUGUUUCGCUUCGGGGGGUGAAGACUGCGCCCCACCACCCCUCGACGUCGUCAUAAACGAGAAAAUCGUUCAUGAGAGAUUCAUAAACAACCGCCCGUACUACAACGACAUAGCACUCUUAAGGUUACGACAUGAAGUACCAUUUUCCCCCUUCGUCGGGCCUAUCUGUCUUCCAUCCUCUGAAGAAUUCUCCAGAAAUUACACCGGCGAACGACUUUUCGUGGCUGGUUGGGGAAUUACCGAAAAGAACAUGGCAAGUACUGUCAAGCUAAAGGUUCAAGUUCCAGUGCAGGAGAGUUCGUUUUGCGAAACCACAUACAGGAGGUUUCAUUUUGACGUGACGUUGAUGGACACGCAGCUGUGUGUUGGUGGCGAAAAAGGAAAAGACGCGUGUUAUGGAGACAGCGGAGGACCGUUGAUGGCGACUAGAGUGGAUGGACGGAAAAUUCGACGCUAUUAUGCUGCGGGGGUUGUUUCCUUUGGAGUUUCUUGUGGGUCACCGGGAUGGGGGGCGGUUUAUACGAAGUUAGGUGGAUAUGUACCGUGGAUUAUAAGCAAACUUAGACCAUAGUGGGUUCAAACAUGUUGGUUUUUGAUUGUGUAGAGGCAAUUUAUGGUUACCUACAUUAUAUUCAACAUUUUCGAGAUUAACGUUAUCUCUGAAUCCUACAACUGUCUAGCAAACUAUAAAAUUUAUUUUUAAAGUAAUGAUGUUGGUAUUGCAGCUAUUUGACACUUUAUUUGACAGUUAUUAGACCGCAAAAUAUCUACAUUAGUAUUACUGUCAAAUCGAACAAGAAAGGCAUUAGUGUUGCCAACAUAAUAUUUCUAACAACAAAUUGCAAUCCUUGCUACACCACUUUUUUUCUCAAGUGUAGUGUAAAUAUUUGUGAAAGUGUUGGACAGUAAAUGUUAUUCUUAUUAUUAUU